CAAAACCUCACUUGCUUCCACCAUCUUCCAUUGCUCUUCUUCUUCAUCUCCAUCAUCAACCAACGCCCUCUCCGUCUCCUUUGCUGAUUCCGCGAUUCUUGAUCCCCCUUCCCUUACCAUAGCCCAGCUUGCCUUCGCCUUUGGUCGUUUGCUCUUUUUCUCGUAAUCUCGAUUCAUCAUGGGUAUUGAAGAUGCGGUGUACCUCGCCAAGCUCGCCGAACAGGCUGAGCGCUACGAAGAAAUGGUUCAAAAUAUGAAGGUCGUCGCUUCUGCGGAUAAGGAACUGUCGGUUGAGGAACGCAAUCUUCUAUCUGUCGCCUACAAGAACGUCAUUGGCGCCCGCCGUGCUUCCUGGAGAAUUGUCACUUCCAUUGAGCAGAAAGAGGAGUCAAAAGGAAACGAGGCACAAGUGACUCUCAUUAAAGAAUAUCGCCAGAAGAUUGAGUCCGAGUUGGCAGAGAUUUGCGAAGAUAUCUUGGACGUUCUCGAUAAGCAUUUGAUUCCAUCUGCCCAAAGCGGUGAAUCCAAGGUUUUCUAUCACAAGAUGAAGGGUGACUAUCACCGUUAUCUUGCCGAAUUUGCUUUGGGUGACCGCCGCAAGAAGUCUGCCGAUAACUCUCUCGAGGCCUACAAGAAUGCCACCGAGGUUGCCCAGACUGACUUGGCCCCAACCCACCCCAUCCGUUUGGGUUUGGCCCUGAACUUCUCCGUCUUCUACUAUGAAAUCCUCAACUCUCCCGACCAGGCUUGCCAUCUCGCCAAGCAGGCUUUUGAUGACGCCAUCGCUGAACUUGACACCUUGAGCGAGGAGAGCUACAAGGACUCCACUCUCAUCAUGCAGCUCCUCAGAGACAACUUGACCCUCUGGACUUCCUCUGAAGCUGAGCCGGCCCCUGAGUCUGCUGCUGCACCCCCUGCUCCCGCCGAGCAGCCCAAGGAGGGCGCCCCUGCCGAAGAGCCCAAGGCUGCCGAGUAAAGUGUAAAGUUGGAGGGGAUUUUUCUAGAUCGGACGGUAUACAGGGAGCACUGGUUCCGUUUAUCACUUUGUUUGCUUGAACUGUUUUACUCCCUUGCUUUUCCCGGUCUUUUGCUCGAGAUGUUUAUUCGCAGCUGAUGGAGUCCGACGGGAUAUUUGGUGGUUGUCAUUAAGACGCGUCUACAAAAAGAGACAAAAAUUAGCUUUUAACAGUGGUAGAAACUCAAGUUCACGCUCAUACUCGAAAACAAAAAAGAAGCUUGUUGAAUAUGUAAUACUUUUACCCCAUGUUGGCUGCUCCAGGAUUUUCUUUUUGGUGUUUGGAUGUAGUUAUUC